AUGGCUACGAGAAUUUCGACACGACAAUUGUCUUUCGACAGUGCAUUAAACGACUUGAAUGUUUCAGUAAAAGUGUUGAAAAACUUAUUAGCCAAAGACAAAAUCGUACCUGGCACAGGUGCAAAGAAAAUGAUAUCGGUCAAGGAACUAUUACAAACCUUUCGCGAGUCCAAGUCUCGUUUGUUGGACGGGGCAGACGAAGAAAAAGACCUUUCCGUCGACUUGAAGAGCGACAUGGUUUCGCAGCUCCUUGAAGAUAUUUUCACUCUUGAAUCUGAACUUGAAUUAAUCGACGCCACUACCCCGGUUUUGAAUCCCGUUUCCGAAACCUCGCAAAAACCUGACAAGC